AUGGCGUAUGCCUUCUCCAGAGACGGCGCCAUGCCAUUCUCUGAGUUCUGGCAUAAGGUCAACGAGCACGAGGUCCCCCUCAACGCGGUCUGGCUCUCAGCGAUCAUAGCCUUCUGCAUGGCUCUAACGUCGCUAGGGAGCUUAGUAGAGUUUCAAGAGAUGGUGUCCAUAGCUACCAUCAGGCUCUACAUCGCGUAUGCUCUGCCGAUCUUCUUCAGAGUGACUCUGGCUCGGAAGUCUUUCAGGCCGGGGCCGUUCACCUUGGGGAGGUACGGGGGUGGUGGUUAGGUGGACGGCGGUGCUCUGGGUGGCAACGAUCUCCGUGCUCUUCUCGUUGCCAGUGGAGUAUCCGAUCACCAAGGAGACUCUCAACUACACUUCGGUGGCGGUUCUCACGGUGAGUUCUUGGAUGGUAAGCGCUAGGCACUGGUUUAAAGGUCCGGUUACAAACAUAGGCAGCAGCUGAAGUGGUGUGUUGUAUUCUUUUAUGAUGAAAAUUGAAAUGUAUAUUGAUGGAGAGGCAAUCAUGCCUUUGCAUUUUGUAUGUUGGUCUAGUAGUGUAGCCAUGUUUCUUGACAAUGGGAAAAAUCUUAAAUUUGUGUUCCACUCUUUGAAUUCAGUCAUCUAUAUUUUUGGAUUUACUA